AUGGCCCUAGCGGGAAGCAAGGCGGCCUUCCCUCUUACCCGAAAGGCCUCGAGUCCCCUUGCUGACCACAAGGUCAUGGCAGGAAGGGUCAAGAGGCAAAAAUAUAAUCCUGAAAGGGAACAGAAAUUAAAGGCAUCAGCUGUGCACCUCCUGAGAAGCCACCAAGACUUGAAUGACCUCUUGCUUGAGGUAGAAGGUCCAUCGUGUAAAAAAUUGUGCCUCAGCGAACUGAUUGCUUGUGAGGGUCCUGAGCCCUACACUAACCAUUCUGGUUCAUUUAUAGGGUCUGUUUUGCGGGAUGAAGCCUCAAGGCUGGGGGUUCCGGUGGGAGUUCUGUCGGCCAGGGUGGUGGCCUCCAGCAUGGAGCAGAUCUGCACAGCUGUAGCAGAGGCCGGUCCCUCUGCCGCGCUGGCUCCGGAACAGAGAAAGAAACUGUCUUCCUUGUUGGAGACUGCUCAGCACUUAUUGGCACACGGUAUGUUCUCCCGUCUCAUCUUCUGUCAAGAAUUGUGGAAAGUGCAGAACUCUUUGUUGCUUGAAGCUGUGUGGCAUCUUCAUGUACAAAACAUCGUGAGCCUACAGGAGCUGGUGGAAAGCCACUCUGACGUGCAGGCUUUGGGAGUGUGGCUCUUCAAGAACCUGUGUCUUCUGUGCGAGCAGAUAGAGGAGUCCUGUCCAGACAUGGACAUCGCGAGAGCUAUGCUUUCUGGUCUCGUACAAAUGUUUGUUCUGAGCGGAUUUCAGAAACACUCAGAUCCGAGAAGAACUGUGGAGUCAGAAAAGAUGCCCCAGGUCGCCUUUGACGUGCUGCAAAGGAUGCUGACCUUUGCCCUGGAUGCUCUGGCUGCCGGCGCACAGGAUGGGUCCCCCUCGCACAAGGCGGUGACGUGCUGGUUCGGUGUGUUCAGUGGACACACGUGUCGCGGCAUAACAUGCACAGAUUCUCCCAAGAGGUUUUUCAGUCACACUCUGACUCAGGUCCUCACGCACAACCCUGUGCUGAAAGUGUCUGAUGCCGUCCAGAUGCAGAGAGACUGGAGCUUUGCGCGGACCCACCCUCUGCUCAGCACUUUGUACCGCAGGCUCUUUGUGAUGUUGAGUCCAGAGGAGUUGGUUGGCCGUUUGCAAGAAGUUUUGGAAACACAGGAGGUCAACUGGCAGCGUGUGCUGUCCUGCGUGUCCACACUGGUCGUCUGCAUCCCAGAAGCACAGCAGCUGGUCAGCGGUUGGGUGGCCCGUCUGAUGGCGCAUGCGUUCGAGAGCUACCACCUGGACAGCCUGGUCACCGCGUUCCUGAUCGUGCGCCAGGCUGCUCUGGAGGGCCCCUCUGUGUUCCCGUCGUAUGCAGACUGGUUCAAGGCCUCCUUUGGGAGCACACAUGGCCACCACGGCUGCAGCAAGAAGGCGCUGGUCUUCCUCUUCAAGUUCCUGUCGGACCUUGUGCCCUUUGAGGCCCCCCGGUACAUGCAGGUGCACAUCCUCCACCCACCCCUGGUUCCAGACAAGUACCGCUCCCUCCUCACGGACUACGUCGCUCUGGCCAAGACGCGCCUGGCCGACCUCAAGGUGUCUAUGGAAAACAUGGGGCUCUAUGAGGACGUGUCAUCAGCUGGGGACGUUCCGGAGCCCCACAACCAAGCGCCCCAGGAUGUUGAAAAGGCCGUCGCGGUGUUUGAACACACGGGCAGGAUCCCAGUCACCGUCAUGGAGGCCAGAGCAGAUAAGAUCCCCCCACCUCUGUACUCCGCCUACUGCCGCGCCUGCUCCGCUGCCGAAGAGGAGACUCCAGAAGAUGCAGCCCCAGGAACAGGGACAGAGCCUGGCUGUGCUGAGGAGGCCCUGGGACAGCUCACGGCUGCGCUGGGAGAGCUCAGAGCCUGCAUGAGAGACCCCGACCGAUACGAUGUUGUAUCUGCGCAGAUGGCAGUGAUUUCUGAAAGACUGCGCGCUGCCUCGCGUCACGGUAAGGAUGACGGCAGCUGUGAGAUGUCAAAGGUUCGGCUCAGCGUUGUCACUCCGAAACUCAAGCAGCAGGAACAGGAGGUGGUGGAUCUCCUGCUGACGUCUUUUUGUCAGAACCUGAUGGUGGCCUCCAGCUUCGCGCCCCCAGAGAGGCAGGGCCCCUGGGCCACCCUGUUCGUGAGGACCGUGUGUGGGUGCUCGCUGCUGCCAGAGGUGCUUUCCCGGCUCUGCCAGCUGCUCCGCCUCCAGGGCCUGAGCCUGAGUGCCUCACACGUGCUGGGGUUGGCCGCUCUGGCUGUCCACCUGGGCGAGUCCAGGUCUGCGUUCCCAGAGGUAGAUGUGGGUCCUCCUGCCCCUGCCGGGGGCCUUGCCUUCCCCGACCUGCUCGACAGCCUCCUCACCUGCAGGACGAGGGAGUCCUCACUCUUCUGCCUGAAAUUUUGUACAGCGGCCAUUUCUUAUUCUUUGUGCAAAUUCUCUUCCCAGUCACGUGAUGUUUUGUACAAUUGUUUACCUCUGGGCCUCAUAAAAAAGUUUCAGUUCCUCGUGUUCAGAUUGUUCUCAGAGACCCGAGAGCCUCCCUCCCAGGAGGACACAGCUGGCCUUCCCUGGAGUCCCGCGUGCCUUGCACCUGCAGACUGGCAGAGAGCCGCGCUCCUGCUGUGGGGACAGAGCACCUUCCAAGAGCUGCUGAAGGAGAAAGACCUGCACCGGCCCCUGUUCACCAAGCUCAUCAGCUGUGCGGCCAGCAGUCCCCCAACAGAGCAGGACUUCCACCAGUGGGCGAUCCGCGAGCACUACCUGCCUGCCCCUGCUGCUGCGGGGGGCUGUGAUGGAGACCUGGAGGUGGCCUGCACGGUUCUCGCCGACGCGCUGAUGGACUUCUGCCAGAGUUUGAGGAGUUGUGACCACUCAGAGAAUUCUGAUCCGGUCCCCGGUGGCCACACAGGGAAUCAGGAUAUUCUUUCCAGGUUGCAGGAGAUGGCCGUGGAGCUGGAGCUGGAGCGGGGCGGCCGCUCCCCCUCGCGGGGGCACUUCCUCUUCCGGGUUUUCCGCACGAGGCUCCAGGCUCUGCCCAGAGGGUGGGACGUGGCCGCCUGCCUUCAGAGACAGCAGGAGCUGCUCACGUACAAACGGCUGCUCCUCCGCCUGCCACCGUCUGUUCUCCUGGGCAGCUUCUGGGCCGGGCCGUCCACCACCCCCAGCUGCGAGGACUUCUUCCACUUGGUCAACUCUGAGCUGAGAAACUUCUGCUCGCACGGAGGCGCCCUGACGCACGACAUCACCGCCCACUUCUUCAGGGGACUCCUGCAAGCCUGUCUGCAGAGCAGCGACCCCUCCCUGACGGCUGACCUGACGCUGGCCGAGUGCCGGAGCGAGUGCCCCUUGGUCCUGACUUCCGCGCUGCGGUGGUGGCCGAGGCUGGAGCCGGUGCUGCUGCGCCAGUGGGGGAGACGCUGCCAGCGCCCGCUGCCCGGGGAGCUGCAGAGGCUGCAGGAAGCCCAGCGCUUCGCCAGAGACUUCCUCUCCCCCGAGGCAGCCUCCCCUCCACCCGACCUGGCCUGGGUCUCGGCUGCCGCCGUGCACUUUGCGAUGCGGCGAGUCAAGAAGGAAGAUGUCAGGAGACAGCUGCAGAAGCUGGACUGUGCGAGAGAGGAGCUUUUGGUUUUCCUUUUUUUCUUUUCCUUGAUGGACCUGCUGUCGUCACAUCUGACCCCAAAAGUAACCGUCGACUCCCUGAAGGCUGUGGCCGUUUGUGCCGAGGUCCUGACGUGUCUGCAGAAGAGGAGGAUGCCCUGGCUGGUCCUCUUCCAGCUGACAGAGACUGAUGCCGGGCUGGGGCAGCUCCUCCUCCGUGUGGCCCCGGGUCAGCAUGCCAGGCUGCUGCCCUUUGCCUUCUACAGUCUCCUCUCCUACUUCGACGAAGACGCUGCGGUCAGAGAGGAGGCCUUCCUGCCUGUUGCUGUCGACAUGUACCUGAAACUGACGCAGCUCUUCGUGGCUGGGGAGACAAGUGCAUUCUCACUUCUGGCCACCAGGAACCCAGAGCUCCAGGGCCAGGGCAACCCUGUAGAACUGAUCACAAAAGCUCGUCUUUUUCUGCUGCAGUUAAUACCUCGGUGCCCGAAAAAGAGCUUCUCACACAUGGCAGAGCUGCUGGCUGAUCGUGGGGACUAUGACCCAGAAGUGAGCGCCGCCCUCCUCAGCAGGCAGCAGGCUGUGCCCGACGACCUGUACCAGGAGCCUCACCUCUUCUGCCUGGACUCGUCACCAUGCGCCAGCCCAGCUCCUUUGUGAAUAAUUUAUUACAAGCGUAACAUGGAGCUCUUGUUGCACUAAAAAGUGGAUUACAAACCU